AUUAGGGUUUCCUUCCUCGUUCUUUUUAUUUUGGGGAUUUUUGCGUGUAAUUGAUUACCUUUCUUUAUAUGCAUGUAUUUGAUUUUAGUAGGGCUUGUUCUAUUUUUUCUUUUGCAAAGCGAUAGUCCACACGCUGUCCAUCGCCUGAACCUCAGACUCCCCUGACGGGGCUCGAACCCUGGCCUUCCAGGACUACAAGCCGUUUGGCGUAAGAGCUUAUUCUGAGUUUGAUGAAUGAAUACCCACAAGCUGUUUGAUAAAAGGAGGGAGAGUGCAGACAAGCUUAUAGAGAGUCAUACACCAUUUCUGAUUACGAGCAAAGCAAUAGAGUGAGGAGAGAGAGAUGUCGAAGACACUUGUGCAGCCGAUAGGACAGAAAAGAUUGACGAACGUGGCAGUUGUUCGGCUUAAGAAGCUUGGGAUUCGUUUCGAAAUUGCUUGCUAUAAGAACAAGGUCCUCUCUUGGCGUUCUGGCGUGGAAAAGGACUUGGAUGAAGUAUUGCAGUCGCAAACUGUUUAUUCAAAUGUUUCGAAGGGAGUUCUUGCAAAGUCAAAAGAUUUACUUGCAGCUUUCGGAACAGAUGAUCAUACUAAAAUAUGUUUGGAGAUUUUGGACAAGGGAGAGCUACAAGUUGCUGGGAAAGAAAGGGAAUCUCAGUUAUCAAGUCAGUUUCGAGAUAUUGCAACCAUAGUCAUGCAGAAGACUUUUAACCCUGAGACUCAACGUCCUUAUACUAUUAGCAUGAUUGAGCGUCUAAUGCAUGAAAUCCAUUUUGCUGUUGAUCCCCAUAGUAGCUCAAAAAAACAGGCGCUAGAAGUUAUUCACGAGCUUCAAAAACACUUCCCUAUAAAAAGAUCUCCAAUGAGACUCCGAUUAACCGUACCAGAACAAGAGUUUUCUUCUAUUUCAGAGAAGCUAAAUUCCUGGAAUGCUAGUAUUGUAUCGAAGGAUGAAUCUGGAAAUCACCUCUCUAUUAUGUGUGAAAUGGAUCCAUGUUUUUUCCGGGAGUGUGAUGCUCUGGUGAGGAAUGUGCAGGGCAGGUUGGAGAUUCUUGCAGCCUCUGUACAUGUUGAAGGAGAUACCCAAAUGGAUCAUUAUGAUGAUCAUGAACAAGACAUUGCACCGAGCGUACUACUACCCAAUGAAACUAGAGGUUCCAUGGCCCAAACAAGUGAGAAGCAGGCUACUAGGAGUGGAAAUGCCGAUGGGGUGAUAAAGCAAAACAAGUGUAGCACAUGCAAUGCCCUUGUUGGGGAGGCCAAGCAGUACAGAGAGCACUUCAAGAGCGAUUGGCACAAACAUAACCUACAGCGCAAGACUCACCAACUUCCUCCCCUCACUGCUGAAGAAUGCUUGGCUGACAUUGAUGUCGGUGACUCCAAGUUGGAUUUAAAAGAGUACUCUUUCUGAGUAUGUUCUUAAGCCUUUUCGCUUUUGGUUGGUUUUGCUGCAAAUGUACACCUACGGUUAUACUAGCUGGUAAAAUUUUCAACGUGGCUACUGAGAUUUCUUAGUGGGGAGAUUUCAGCUUCAGAAACUUUUCUGAAUGGAUAAUAUGGAGAUGGCUCCAACGAUCUCUACUGUUGAAAUAGGUUCCCAAAUUUUGCAAUCAAAGAGAAUCGUAGUUGAGGUUGAUA